ACAUCACCGUGGAUACAAGGUACACACAUCACCGUGGAUACAGGGUACACACAUCACCAUGGAUACAAGGUACACACAUCACCGUGGAUACAAGGUACACACGUCACCAUGAGAUCCAGGCUGAGAGUAGCAUGGCCCUGCACCAUGGAUACAAGGUACACACAUCACCAUGAAUACAGGGUACACACAUCACCAUGGAUACAAGGUACACACAUCACCGUGGAUACAAGGUACACACGUCACCAUGAGAUCCAGGCUGAGAGUAGCAUGGCCCUGCACCAUGGAUACAAGGUACACACGUCACCAUGAGAUCCAGGCUGAGAGUAGCAUGGCCCUGCACCAUGGAUACAAGGUACACACAUCACCGUGGAUACAAGGUACACACAUCACCAUGAGAUCCAGGCUGAGAGUAGCAUGGCCCUGCACCAUGGAUACAAGGUACACACAUCACCGUGGAUACAAGGUACACACAUCACCGUGGAUACAAGGUACACACAUCACCGUGGAUACAAGGUACACACAUCACCGUGGAUACAAGGUACACACAUCACCGUGGAUACAAGGUACACACAUCACCGUGGACACAGGGUACACACGUCACCGUGGAUACAAGGUACACACGUCACCGUGGAUACAAGGUACACACGUCACCGUGGAUACAAGGUACACACGUCACCGUGGAUACAAGGUACACACGUCACCGUGGAUACAAGGUACACACGUCACCGUGGAUACAAGGUACACACGUCACCGUGGAUACAAGGUACACACGUCACCGUGGAUACAAGGUACACACGUCACCGUGGAUACAAGGUACACACGUCACCGUGGAUACAGGGUACACACGUCACCGUGGACACAGGGUACACACGUCACCGUGGAGACAAGGUACACACAUCACCGUGGAGACAAGGUACACACAUCACCGUGGAUACAGGGUACACACAUCACCGUGGAUACAGGGUACACACAUCACCGUGGACACAGGGUACACACAUCACCGUGGACACAGGGUACACACAUCACCGUGGACACAGGGUACACACAUCACCGUGGAGACAGGGUGCACACAUCACCGUGGAUACAGGGUACACACAUCACCGUGGAUACAAGGUACACACAUCACCGUGGACACAGGGUACACACAUCACCGUGGACACAGGGUACACACAUCACCGUGGACACAGGGUACACACAUCACCGUGAACACAGGGUACACACAUCACCGUGGACACAGGGUACACACAUCACCGUGGACACAGGGUACACACAUCACCGUGGACACAGGGUACACACAUCACCGUGGACACAGGGUACACACAUCACCGUGGACACAGGGUACACACAUCACCGUGGACACAGGGUACACACAUCACCGUGGACACAGGGUACACACAUCACCGUGGACACAGGGUACACACAUCACCGUGGACACAGGGUACACACAUCACCGUGGAUACAGGGUACACACAUCACCGCUAAGACCUGUUAGUCAUGACACACACAGAUUAACAUACAGACACGGAUGCACUUAUACCACACCCCCUUGGGCCUCAUUGCUAUUAUAAACUAGUUACCUAUCUAUAAACUAGCUAACUGUUAUAAACUAGUUACCUAUCUAUAAACUAGCUAACUAUUAUAAACUAGUUACCUGUCUAUAAACUAGCUAACUGUUAUAAACUAGCUAACUAUCUAUAAACUAGCUAACUAUCUAUAAACUAGUUACCUAUCUAUAAACUAGCUAACUAUUAUAAACUAGUUACCUAUCUAUAAACUAGCUAACUAUCUAUAAACUAGUUACCUAUCUAUAAACUAGCUAACUAUUAUAAACUAGUUACCUAUCUAUAAACUAGCUAACUAUCUAUAAACUAGUUACCUAUCUAUAAACUAGCUAACUGUUAUAAACUAGUUACCUGUCUAUAAACUAGCUAACUGUUAUAAACUAGUUACCUAUCUAUAAACUAGCUAACUAUCUAUAAACUAGUUACCUAUCUAUAAACUAGCUAACUAUCUAUAGACUAGUUACCUAUCUAUAAACUAGCUAACUAUCUAUAAACUAGCUAACUGUUAUAAACUAGUUACCUAUCUAUAAACUAGCUAACUAUCUAUAAACUAGUUACCUAUCUAUAAACUAGCUAACUAUCUAUAAACUAGUUACCUAUCUAUAAACUAGCUAACUGUUAUAAACUAGUUACCUAUCUAUAAACUAGCUAACUGUUAUAAACUAGUUACCUAUCUAUAAACUAGCUAACUGUUAUAAACUAGUUACCUAUCUAUAAACUAGCUAACUGUUAUAAACUAGUUACCUAUCUAUAAACUAGCUAACUGUUAUAAACUAGUUACCUAUCUAUAAACUAGCUAACUAUCUAUAAACUAGUUACCUAUCUAUAAACUAGCUAACAGAACAGCUAACAGAAAUUAAACAGGAAACCAGUAUUCUUACGUCAUACCUGUGGUAUAUUGUCUGAUAUACACAAGGCUGAAAAUGCUGUUUCAGCCAAUCAGCAUCCAGGACCCAUACUUCCCGGUUUAUAAUGGCAUGUUAACCAUGUGCUUCUGUGUGUCUCUCU